AUGGUAAAAUGCAACUGUGGAGCUAUAGGGAUUAUACGAACUUCAGGGACAAAGAGAAACUCUGGUAGGCCAUUUUAUGCAUGCCUUUUACAGGGACCAAGAAGUGGAUUUAUUUCGUGGGUAGAUGAAGAAAAUCAGAAGCAUGAGUCUGAAAGCCAAAAUCUUGAGCUUGAAAUCCAUAAUGAAAAACUUCAAAUCCAAAAUCGUGACCUUGAAAUCCAGAAUGAAGAACUUGAAAUCCAAAAUCAGAACCUGAAAAUGUUGUUAAUUGCCAGUUGGGUUUUGCUUUUUGGAAUAAUUGUUUACAAGUGGUAG